AUGGCCGCCAAGUUUAUAAUUCUUCUGUGCGCGGUGGCGAGCGCUCGCGCAGGCGGCAUCAUCGGAGCUUCAUAUGCCGCCCCUAUCGCGUCAUACUCCGCUUCUGUCGCACCUAUCGCGGCAUACUCCGCUCCUGUCAGCUCCUUCGUCAAGAGCUAUACCGCACCAGUAGCAUCGUACGCCGCCGCUGCCCCCCUUACAACAUAUGCCGCUGCCGCACCAGUCAUCAAGAGUUAUGCCGCACCAAUAACGUCAUACGCCGCCGCUGCCCCCGUUACGACAUACGCCGCUGCCUCUCCAAUCAUAAAGAGUUAUGCCGCACCAGCAGCGUAUUCCGCAUACGCCGCUCCAGCAGCGUAUUCCACGUACGCCGCUCCCGCCAUCUCCGCCCCAGUGGCGUACUCCGCUCCGAUAGUGAAAGCCGUCGCACCCGCCGUGUCAUCAGUGUCCUCAUAUACUACACAAACGGCCCACGCAUCUCCUAUUUACGCUAAAGCCGUGUCUCCUGUCGCCGCGUACACCGCCCACGCUCCCGUUGCCUACUCCGCCCCUGUGACCACUUAUGCCGCAGCUGCCCCAGUCGCAAGCUAUGCUGCAGCCCACCCUGUUGCCACUUUUUCCGCAGCUGCCCCUGUUGCCACCUACGCCCACGCUUCCCCCGUGGCAUACUCCUCUCCCAUCAUCAAAUCUGCCGUCGCAUACUCCGCAGCUCCCGCCGUCUCCCACGUUGCAUACAGCGGUCUUGCUAACUACGGCUGGUGA